GCUGAGGGAUCAUGUAUGUCACAGGCGUUUAUUCCCACAGUUCCCCAGGUUGAAAGUCUAAGACCAGACCAUUCAGUUCCCGCUAAGGACCCUCUUUUUGGCCAAUGGAUGGCCACCUUCUGGUUGUGUCCGUGUGCAGAGGCAAUGCCAGAGGGACAGGAGACAAACAGCAAACCUGUGUUGUCCCUUCUUACCACGGACCCCAGGACCAUCAGGACCCCACACUCACAUGACCUCAUCUCAGCCUCAUCAGCUCACAAAGGCCUUGUCAUCAAUCACCAUUCCCCGGAAGCUGGGCUUCCCAAUGUGCAGACUUCAGGGGGAAACAGGCAUCCAGUCAGUGAUCAAUUUCCCCCGCAUAGGAUUGCUUUGUGCUCAUGGUAUCUCCCCUGCCAGCUUCCUUGCCAUCUUGGGAGGAAACAAAAGCAUCUUGCAGCAAGGCCAGACUUGUUCACUGUAUCCCAGAACCCGGACAGUGUACCUUGUGUCCACGUGCGGACAGCAGCCUCAGGACUCAGGCUCUCCACGAAGCACCGGCGGUCUGUGUCCCGUAGUUCCCGACGGUACCUGGUACCAGUUUCCCAUACUGCUAACCUACGUCACGCAGACAACUGGACUCCUCAAACCCUGUGCUUCCCACUUUCCAGGGGCGAAAGCACUAAGACGUGCCGGCGCACUCUGGAGAACCCUCCUAGAUAAAAAGCAAACCUCUGUCAACUGUCUACGACUGUCAGACUCGCAGCUACACAGCUGCACGGCCUGCCCCGUUGUGAGAAAGCCUGUAGCUGCUCGAGGUCCUGCCCUUCCACCCUUCAAGUCUGACAGCAUUUUGUGCUGGGAGUUGGAUCUUUUGGGCAAGACCAAAUGCAACAGGGUUGCAAGGAAAAUCUGAUGUCUCAGGAACUUUUCGUAAUGGAAGUAUUCCCCCCAAUAAAACUCAGUCAGUAAGUCACCCAGCCUUCUCCGGCAUGUUCCACAGCCCUUACAGAACAUUACAUGGUGCUUGGGGCUGAUGUAUUCUAGAUUAUGAGGAGCCCAGCUUUGCACCCCAGAAGGUGAAGAGCAGCCCUGGAAAGCCUUGUCUCUGAGGGAUGGAGCUCCUCCAUCACACAUCCCAGCAACAGAGAAGAGGGUGGCUUUUAAAGUGUGAUGUUCUCAGGGAAGGGGCUCAAGGGUUAAUUUGGUGCUUGACCCAUUGAAACUGUUGAGUGCAAGGAAAACCCUGUGCUGAUCAGAUGAUUAUUCUCGCAAGAGCAGCAGCUGAAAGCCGAUCUGGCCCACCAGGUAAUCAGGGGAAGCCGGUGCCUCGAAGAGCAGAACGGCUCCACGAGAUUCUAUUACUUGUCGUCUUUCAAGCAUUAUAAUGAGAUUAUAGUAACCCUAAACUGACUGAAAACAGAAA